UUUUUUUUUUUAUUAAUACUUGAAUGCAAGAAAUAUAUUCAAAUCCACUUCCAUCUUCCUAUCGUCAACAGCAUAGAUACAGAAUUUGCUUAUGUAUCAAUGUGUUAUAUGGUGGACCUUUCGUUUGUUUUAUGUGGCUUGUUGUAAAUAUGUAUGCAUGUGUAUUAUCCUUUCAAAAAAGAAGUCCAAUUUAUUCGUAUUUAAAUGGCCCUGCUUUGAUCAUACAAGGUAUUGUUUGCUUACUAUUUGCAAUUAUUUCUUUGAUUGCACUCUAUUCAUUUUCUCUAAAUAGGUCAAGACAAUUAAGAUAUUCUCAUAUUUUAGUUUCGCUAGUCAUAAUCAUCUUUUUGAUCAUCUAUUUUGUUAAUCUUAUCCUUUUUGGAAUCCAAAAAGAUCAAUUCAGUCAGUGGUGUAUCAAUCAGUCGCAUGAUACUAUACAAACUUAUCUAUUCACUCAUUCUCCACACAACAGCACUUUACUUCCAAAUUCACCUUUAACAUUCAUAUCAAGAGGAGGUGACAACCUAGGUUUAUAUAACUGUACUAGACUAUGGGAGAGUGAGUUAAAGCUCUCGAUAAUUGUCUUUGUGAUCCUUUUAGUCACUUAUAUCCAUGCCGCCCUAUGCUUUAGAUAUUACACGUAUGAGAGACUUCAUGCUGAACAAGAGAUGAGAAUCCAAAUGUCAAAUCUCGUUUUAAUGCAAAAUGGAAACAUUUUAAUGCCUCAAAAUAAUCCUCCUACUAUAAUGAGAAAUAUAGCGCCAACGAAUAAAGUAGAAGAAGAAAAGAAUGCUGGUAACGUUCAAUCGGAAGAGGAGAAUGAUCAAAGAAGUUUAGCUCAAAUAGUUAGAGCAAUGCUGGGUAGACUUUAAUAAAUAAGAGUGCAUGCAACACUUCUUUAUUUAUCCUUUUACCAAAAAAAAAAAAAAAAAAUUACUUUAAACAAUUAUCAUUUAUG